ACAGAGGUUCCGAAUGUGUGUAGUUCCGGUCCACUCUCUGUGUGCGCCCCAUCUUUCUUUUCGUUAAAAUAGCACUCUUAUUUAAAACAAGCCAGUUAGCCCUUACGAUUAAUUAUCGUUACUGUCUCUUGGCUCUCAGUCCGGUCGGGCCGGUGGAAGAUACUGUGUCCUAAGCCUUUAGUGUAUGUACAGCGAAGUGAACCUGCUGUUUGUUUUCAGGGUUCAAUAUGGACAGCAAUCCAGAGUCCGAAGAAAGCACGAACCGGUCCGACCUGGUGUCUGAGGACGGCAAGAACAGCAAGUCUGUCGUGUGUCAGCGCUGCGGAUCCAAGGUGCUCUGCCCGGGGAUGGCUGUGUUUGCAGAAAAAGAGCUGUUCCUACCAUCCAUGCGGAAAAAGAGCGGCCUCAGCACCACGGAGGGCUCGGUGGACGGGGACACUCUGACCGCCCACUGGUUUGUGGACGACAUGUACACUUUUGAGAAUGUGGGCUUCACUAAGGACGUGGGGAGAAUUAAGUAUCUCAUCUGUGCAGAUUGUGAGAUUGGACCAAUCGGCUGGCACUGUUUGGAUGACAAGAAAAGUUUCUACGUGGCUGUGGAAAGGGUGAAUCAUGCAUAGUCUAAAAUGCAAGUGAGCACACAUGAACUUUAAAAAAUGUGUUUGCAGGCUAUGCUUCUUUUCAUGGAUUUACUCCCAGAGUUGACCCCAAACUAAUCCAUCACACACAUGUACAUUGUUCAUGAUAACUGACUGUGUCACUCUCAUUCUCCUCUAUCCCACUCACAACAUCUUGAUCUAAUAAAGAUGUUUUUGGGAAGUUGA